AUAAACUAACAAAAAGAGUUACGGCUGUAGCAGUGGCCCUACCACAAAGCCAGACAACAGCAGUUGGUGGAGCAACUGUGGCAUUUGUCGAGAGUUUCCAAUUCAAUGCUUUCGAUACGACACGUACAACGUUUGCCUCGUCCGCGUCUUCGUCAUCAUCAUCGUCAUUUGAAGGAACGGGUGGUACACAAAUGUCUUCAUUACCAUCAUUCUCCACAUCCUUGGCCACUUCAUUACAGCCGUCAGCCUUUUCGCCGUCAUUGUCAGCAUCAGCAUCAUCUCAAACAGCGGCAGCAUAUCCUACACUAAUAUCAACAACUUCAUCCGGUUUUCAUAACACGAAGACGUCCAGAAUUAUGAGCAAUCUCAACAGCAUUAGUAGUAGCAUACACCCCCUCGGCCCAACAAUAACAACGCCCACUGUCCAUUUAUUGCAACACACCACCCAGCAUCGGUCCAGCGGCAAUGGUAUGCAUUCCAAAUUUACUAGUGCUCGUCAGACUAGCCCAACUGCCAUGGGACUCAGUUCCAGUGCAUUGCCUUCGUUCAAAAGUUUUAUGAGAAGCACAAGAACUCAUAGCACGGCCGGCAGUUACACCAGUACGACAAACAGUGGCAAACAGCAACAACAACCAGAGCACCGGCAGUUUCCACUUGAUUUUACAUUUUCUAAAAAUCAUUGGACAAAUUCAGCGGCCGCCAUGGCUCCCAAAGCUUCGGAAAGCGUCUUAUUAGGACAAGAAACCUUGUAUUUACAUUAA